AUGAACGCCGGCAAGCAGUUCCUCUCCUCUCAGCAGGGCGGGGACAACAACAACCAGGGCGGCGACCAGCAACAGGGCGGUGGAGGCGGAGGCGGCUUCGACUUCAACAGCCUGAUCCAGCAUGCGACCGACCACGACUCGAACAACAGCGGAGGCAACGACCUCUUCGGGCAGGCCGCUAAGUACCUCCAGGACCAGGGCGCCCACCAAGACGGCAACGUGGACGAGAACGAGCUGCUCCAAGCUGGUCAAAAGGUCAUGGGCGGCGGUCAAGCCCACUCCAACGAGAUCGGCUCAGCAGCAGCUCUCGGCGCCAUCAAGUCGUUCAUCUCUGGCGGAGGCGGCAACUCCGGCGGCAUGGGCGGUGGAGGCUCAUUCCAGGACAAGAUUGUCGGAGCAGCCAUGUCGCAGGCCGCUAACAUGUUCGACCAGAAGCAGGCCAAUGGAGAAGUUACCGGUGGUGAUAAGCAGUCGGCCGUCAACAAGGCCGGGGAGAUGGCUAUGAAGCUUAUGGUCAAGCAUCAGGUCAGUGGCAUGAUUGGUGGUGGAGGAGGGGGAGGUCUUGGCUCGCUGGCUUCUAUGUUGAUGUAG